AUGUUAAACGAUAGUAAUGGCAUUAGAGUGGGUCAAGAAGCUCCUGAUUUUUCUGCUAUUGCAGUAUAUGAUCAAGAAUUUAAACACAUACAGUUGUCCGAUUACAUUGGUAAAUAUGUAAUCUUAUUGUUUUAUCCACUAGAUUUUACUUUUGUCUGUCCUACAGAAAUUACAGCUUUUAGUGAUGUAUAUUCACAGUUAAAAGCUUUAAAUACAGAAAUCUUAGGUAUAUCAGUUGAUAGUCAAUAUUCUCAUUUAGCAUGGUUACAAACAAACCGAGAUUCUGGUGGUCUUGGGGAUUUGAAAUAUCCACUAGUCUCUGAUUUAACUAAGCAAAUAAGCUUAUCGUAUAAUAUUUUAACAGAACAAGGAACAUCUUUAAGGGGUUUAUUUAUUAUAGAUAAGGAGGGAAUAAUACAGCAUUCACUAGUUAAUAAUUUAGAUGUUGGUAGAAGUGUUGAUGAAACUUUAAGAACUUUACAGGCUAUUCAAUAUGUACAAGUUAAUCCAGAUGAAGUUUGUCCUGCAAAUUGGCAGCCAGGUAAUGCAACUAUAAUUAGUAGUCCAGAGAAAUCUAGAGAAUAUUUUAGUUCUGUAUAA